AUGGCGAGUGAUGGAAAGCUUCAUGCUGAAAUUGAAUGCAAAUCUAACGCAGAUAAGAUUUGGCCAUCAAUUAGGGAUUUUGUCAAUGUUUACUUAGAGGCCUUCCCUCCUGGUACUUACAAAAACGUUGAAAUUUUGGAAGGUGAUGGCACUCACCCUGGUUCUGUUAGACGCCUUACAUAUGGAGAAGGUGCUCCGGUUGUGACGUUGACAGAGAAGAUCGAAAUUAUUGAUGAUGAAAAGAGAAUAUAUGGAUUUAGUAUAAUGGAGGGAGAUCUGCUAAAGUACUACAAAAGUUUCAAGGCCAGAGUUCAAGUGUUUCCCAAGGGUGAAGGAAGUUUGCUGAAAUGGAGCUGUGAUUACGAGAAGCUUAGUGAUGAUGUUCCUGAGCCAACCCUAGUCAAGGAUUUUGCUGUAACCGGCUUCAAACAUCUCGAUGAAUACAGUUCCAAGCAAGCAUAA